GGUAUGACACCUUUCCUGCCUGGUUAAAGACAAGCACAAGAGGGAGCGAUACUGUUUGCAGACACACUGGUGGACUAUUGUAACCCCUCCAAGGAGAGGAACAAGGAUGUUAAAAUGCCAAAACUUUUGUUUUCAAAGAUUCGGUUUUAUGAAAUUAGAGAUUUGAUGCAAAAUGUGACACGAGCCAGAAGUUGGCAGACUGACCACAAAAUCCACAUGACACUAAGAAAAUUGCUACAAGAUGAAAAAUAUUUAGCAGCCUUUCACAAUUUUCUUCAGUCUGAGUUCAGUGAAGAAAACAUUGAGUUCUGGCUUGCAUGUGAAGACUUUAGGUCGACCACCUCACCAGAUGAUCUUCCCUGGAAAGCAGAGGAGAUCUACCAUAAGUUCAUCCAGCCUGCAGCCUGCAGAGAGAUCAAUGUCGACCAACAUAUUAAAGAAAAGAUCAAGAAGUCCUUGGUGAAGCCGAGCCUCUGCUGCUUUGAUGAGGCCCAGAAACAUGUUUACCUGCUGAUGGAGAGAGACUCGUGGCCCAGAUUUCUGCACUCCGAUGCCUACCUGAGUCUAACGCACAAAUCCAGGACCCAGUGGUACAUUUAGCUGAGACAGAAUGCUGUUGUUCUCAUCAAAUCAUUGUGCCAACACUGCUUUUGUAAUCCUCACAUUUUGUCUUGCUAGUUGACUAAACUGAAAAGUUAUUUCACACUCUGUCAGAGGAUCAAAACUGUUUUCUUCCAAGAACAUCUCUAAAACCAAAAUGGAAAUAAUGUUUUCAACAAUGUGCAACCUUCUUUGUUUUUAAGAUGUUAUACUGAUGAAUUUAUUAGCCGUUUGCUAAUAAAGCAAACACCGUAAGAGGAAAGUGAAAGAGAAGGACGCUGUUGGUAUUGUGUUGUGUUGUGUUGAGUUUAGACUUGUUGGAAAUACAACAUGUGAACCUGAAAAUCAGUUAACAUACAGUGUAAAUUAUGAUAUAUGG